AUGGUUAUUGAGAAAAUAUGUUGUCUUGGCGCGGGCUACGUGGGGGGCCCUACUUGCAGUGUCAUCGCUUUAAAAUGCCCUAAUAUUAAGGUCACUGUAUGCGACAAAAGCGUGGAACGCAUCAAUCAGUGGAACUCGGACAAAUUGCCAAUAUAUGAGCCUGGUUUGGACGAUGUGGUGAAACAAUGUCGUGGUAAAAACCUUUUCUUUUCUACCGACAUCGCAAAAAGCAUUCAAGAAGCCGAUUUAAUUUUCAUAUCUGUGAAUACUCCUACGAAAACUUUUGGCAACGGUAAAGGCAGGGCGGCUGAUCUAAAGUACAUAGAAGGUGCAGCAAGAAUGAUAGCGGAUUUGGCUACGAGCAACAAAAUUGUUGUCGAAAAGAGCACAGUGCCAGUGAAAGCAGCCGAAAUUAUCAUGAAAAUCCUCCGAGCAAAUACCAAACCUGGAGUAGAGUAUCAGAUCCUCUCUAAUCCUGAAUUUUUGGCCGAAGGCACUGCUAUAGUGGAUUUAGUUGAAGCAGAAAGGGUCUUGAUUGGAGGAGAAGACACGCCCGAGGGUCAGAGAGCAGUUCAGGAGCUCUGUUGGGUCUAUGAACAUUGGAUCCCAGCUAAAAACAUUCUUACUACUAAUACAUGGAGUUCAGAGUUAUCCAAGCUAGCUGCAAAUGCAUUUCUGGCUCAAAGAAUAUCAAGUAUUAACUCCUUAUCAGCUGUGUGUGAAGCCACUGGUGCUGAUGUGUCAGAAGUAGCUCGUGCAAUUGGAAGGGACUCUAGAAUUGGUCCAAAAUUCCUAGAAGCCUCAAUCGGUUUUGGUGGCAGCUGUUUCCAAAAAGACAUUCUAAACUUAAUCUAUCUUUGUGAAUGCCUGAAUCUGCCUGAAGUUGCGGCAUAUUGGCAGCAAGUAGUUAGUCUAAACGACUACCAAAAGACCCGUUUCACACGUAAAGUUAUAGAAUCUUUAUUUAAUACUGUCUCAGAUAAAAAGAUUGCCAUACUUGGUUUUUCAUUCAAAAAAAAUACUGGAGACACUCGGGAAUCCCCUGCAAUAUUUGUUUGUAAAACCUUACUAGAUGAAGGAGCAAAGUUGCACAUAUAUGAUCCAAAAGUAGAAACAGAGCAGAUAUUCUUUGAAUUGACAACACCAUAUGUCACUUCAGAACCGGAAGUGGUACGUAAAAAUGUUGAGAUUCAUGACACAGCUUACUCGGCAGUGUCUGGGGCGCAUGCUUUAGUUUUGUGCACGGAAUGGGAUGAAUUUAAAGAGCUGGAUUACAAAAAAAUAUAUGAAGUAAUGAUGAAGCCAGCUUAUAUAUUUGAUGGAAGAAAGAUAUUGGAUCACGAGGCAUUGCUGAAUAUGGGUUUCCAUGUGCAGACCAUUGGCAAGAGAUUAUCAAGGACCGGCAGCAUCAGGGCGCAGGGGAGCCAGACAUUGCCAUAG